UGAGCUGCUUGUCGCUGUCCGGACCCACAGUUUCGGGGUUCCCCGCGGGCUCAGGGGCCUCUGGAGGGACGAUUUUCGCUCCAGCAGUCUGUCGAGAAGCCUCUCUGAGCCACUCGGAGCUGCGGGUUUCGGCCAGGGCUUUCUGAAAUGAGCCUUGCUGCUGCUCUUCAGGGAUAAUCCAAGCUGGAGAAGAUGGGGCCACACCGUCUGAUGUCCUCUCCCCAGGACACAGUGACUUUCCCUGAUGUGGCCGUGAGUUUCUCCCCAGAGGAGUGGCUGUUCUUAGAUGCCUCUCAGAGGAAGAUCUACAAAGAUGUGAUGCUGGAGACCUACCAGCACCUGUGGACAGUAGGGCAUUGUAGUGUGAAGCCUGCGCUGAUCUCAUGGCUGGAAGGAGGAACCUUGGAGAGGAUGCAGAGAGGCAUGUGUACAGACAGCCUUGUUAGUAUCUACUCUAACCAACAUCUUUCUCUUUCAGCAGAACCAAAGCCAGAAAGCCAUCCAUGCCCCUUUUGCUCUUUCGCCUUUUCCAGUGAGAACUUCCUCAGUCGUCACAUCAAAUAUAUUCAUCCCUUUUGGAAUCUCUCAGGAACAUCUGCAAGAACACACCCUCAAUUAGAUGAUUCUUGUCCACGUGAUCAAAACGAAUGGGAGCAACAUUCAGAUCCAUAUAAGGAAAAAUUGGACAAACCAAGGAAUGACAAACUUGAAAGUCAAAAGCACAAAGAAAACUCCAUACUUUUGGCUAAGAAGACAAAGCAUAAAAGAAUUUCAAGAGCCUUUUCUAGCCUAUCUAGCAGUCAAAUACAGAGUUUCAAUAAAAAUGAGAUGACAGUGGAAGAAGAAACUAACACAGGACAGAAAGAAAAUACAAAGGACACAGGUAGUUCAGUUUCAGGGACAGGAAAACCAAGAGUUUUAAGAGACAAAUAUGUAAGGCCUAGGCAAGACUUCAAUGAUGGAUCAAAUCUCAUCACACACCAGAGGACUCACACAGAGAAGUCCUAUGUUUGCAGGGAGUGUGGCCAUUUUUUUAAUUACAGUUCACAUCUCAUUGCACACCAGAGGACACACACAGGGGAGAAGCCCUAUAUUUGUAAGGAGUGUGGGCGAGGUUUCAGUCAAAGAUCAGGUCUCAUCACACACCAGAGGACACACACAGGAGAGAAGCCCUACGUUUGUGGGAAGUGUGGGCGUGGCUUUAGUCAGAGUUCAAGUCUCAGAGGACACCAAAGGACACACAAAGGGGUUAAGUCCUGUGUUUGUAGGGAGUGUGGACCUGGCAUCAGUCACUGUUCACAUCUGAGUGUACACAGGAGGACAUACUCAGGGGAGAAGCCCUUUGUUUGCAAGGAGUGUGGGCGAGGCUUCCGUGAUAGAUCAAAUCUCAUCCAACAUAGAAGGACACACACUGGGGAGAAGCCCUAUGUUUGCAGGGAGUGUGGGCGAGGCUUUAGUCAGAAGUCACAUCUCAUCACACAUCAGAGGACCCACACGAGUAAGAAGUCCCAUGUUUGCAGGGACUGUGGGCAAGGCUUCAGUCGCAGGUUACAUCUCCUCACACACCAGAGUAUGCACACAGGGGAGAAGCCCUACAUUUGCAGGGAGUGUGGGCAAGGCUUCAUUUGGAAGUCAGUUCUUAUCACACAUCAGAGGACACACACAGGGGAGAAGCCCUAUGUUUGCAGAGUGUGUGGGCGAGGCUUCAGUCGGAGGUCAAGUCUCAUUACACACCACUGGACACACACAGGGGAGAAGCCCUAUGUUUGCAAGGAGUGUGGGCGAGGCUUCAGUUGUGGGUCAUACCUUACCAAACACCUCAGGACACACACAGAGGAAAAGCCUUAUGUUUGCAGGGAGUGUGGGCGAGGUUUUAGUUGGAGUUCAGUUCUCAUCACACAUCAGAGGACACACACAGGGGAGAAGCCCUUUGUUUGCAGGGAAUGUGGGCAAAGCUACAGACAGAGGUCACAUCUCAUCAGACACCAAAGGAAACACACAGGGGAGAAGUCCUAUGCUUGCAGGUAGUGUGGCAAGGCUUCAGUUUAUGGUCAAGUCUCAUCACACACCAAAGCAUGCACACUGGAGAGAAGCCCUGUUUUCAGUUUAAGUUUCAAUGGAGGUCAGGUCAUCACACACCAGUUAACACACAUACAUGAGAAGAAGCCCUACAGUCUGAAGGGAAUGUGGGUGAGGUUUCAGAGUGAGGUAAAGUCUUAUCACACACCAGAAGAUAAAGGGGAGAAGCUAUGUUUGCAGGGGGUGUGACCCAGGCAUCUUUUGGAGGUUGAAUCUUAUCAAACACCAAAGAUUCACAAAGGAGAAGCCCUUUGUUUGAAAUAAAGUUGACCAAUCAACAGUAAAUAACAGCAUCUACAUAGGUCAAAUUAUGCCACUAUAAAGUGUGUAGUGUACCUGAGAAUAUUGCCAGGGAC